UGCCACGGAGGAAGCGAGUUAUAAGAGGAUCUCUCCUAAGAGAUAUACCAGCCAAAGGUGUGUGGUAAGCCACAAUGGCUGCCACAUAAACCUUUAAGGUAGAAGGAGAAAUUCCUGCAGAAAUUCCAGUACCGCACCAACAGGACAAAUAACUGGGUCUAACUGACGACCACUGCACCAAGAAGUGAAAAGCUUCCACUUCAAAGCAUACAACUUCCUCAUGGAGGGAGCUCUAGAGUGAAGGAUGGUACCCACAACCUCGGCUGAGAGACCAGAGUCUAUGAGCUGGGCUCCCUCAGAGGCCAAGGCAACAGGUUCUGGGUGAGGGUGAAAUAUCGUGUCCCCCGCCUGGGACAGGAGAUCCCUCCUGAUUGGAAUCUCCCACAGAGAGCCAUCUAGGAAAGAUACUAGGUCCGAAAACCACACUCUGCCCGGCCACCGCUGGGCUAUCAAGGUGAGCCGGACCUGGUCCAGGAGAACUCCCUCUAAAACCCCCGGGAGCAGAGCGAUCAGGGGAAUGCAUAUAGCCAAAGCCUCGGCCACGUCUGUACCAUAGCAUCCAGUCCAAGAGGAGUCCAUCUCAAACCCCUCUGCUAGAUCCAUUUGCGAUCCCCAUGAUUUAGAUCGGCGCUGUGCCUCGGCAGCAGUGGGACCCGAACCCUGGGGAACGCGAGCCUGGACACCCUCCUUGAAGAGCACCAGGCGGGAGCGGAGUGUCCGUAACGGAAGCAUCUCACAAUGCUCACAGCCAGCACCCUUGAGUGCUGACCGUGCAUUUAAGGCCAUUUCUUCAGUUUGCCUCCAAGGGACAAACAAUUUUAAAAAAUGUUAUGCAUAGUCCUAUCACGUCUGAUUUAAUAUUUGUCAACACACAUUACAUAUUAUGUAUCUGCAUCCACUAAUCUUCCAUACUGACUAGUGCUGGCUAUUUGACAAUUCAUAAUCAUUAAUAAUUAUUUUGAUCAAUAGGAUUAUAUAAAAUAUAUAAUAGAAAAUGAAUUAUAUAAGUAGCCUAUAUAAAAUUACAUUCAGUACUUUUUACUGAAGUACAUUAAAAAUGAAGUACUUUUGUACUUUCACUUGAGUAAUAUUUUAUUAUAUGUAUCUGUACUUUUACUAAAUACUUGAUUUGUGCUUCAUCCACUGACAAAUCAUGACAGAUGUUUUAUUUAGUAAAUGGUUUGUUUGUCAGUAAUGGUUUCUAAUCAAAGUUAUUUUAAUUGCGGUCGAUCCUCAGUGAUGCUGCAGUUACAAAAGCAACCAGGGGGAUGAAAACAGUUUAUUAACAAUAAUAUCUUGAUGAAAGUUAAAAAUUGCAGAAGCAUUAGUCGAUGGAAAGUUCCACAGAAAGGAAACAUAAGUGUUAUUUUUUUGUUCUUGUGCAUGACGUUCAUCCUCAAACCUGUGAACUUCCUCUUCUCUCAGAAGUGUGCAGUAUUCUUAAUAUAUCGUGAGCACAGAUGAGUGUCAGCAGAUCUUGAUUGUGUGACUGAAGCAGCAUCUUCUCUCUUCUGCUGGAUAAUUGGGCUCUUCUGGACUCUAGAGAAAUGAAGCUCAUCUUUGGACUGAUGCUGCUGAAAACUGCUGCAUGUCUGGAGGUUAACUGCAGUUUUUAUCAGAAAGAUCCCUGUUACGCAGCUCUGGGACACAAACUCAAUCUGAAGAUGCUGGACGCGAGUAAAUAUAACCUAAAGAUACAAAAGAAAAUAACCAGCACACAAAAUCAUUCAGUUUGUAGAGUAAAGGAUGGCAGGAUAAAUGAGAAUGAAUGUGAUCUUUUCAAUAAGAGAUCUGAAGUGUCAGUCAUUAAUGGGAUUCUGAUAAUAAACGGUGUGAUCAGAGCAGAUUCAGGGACUUACAGAUUAGAAGACGAACUCCGAAACGGCACAGACACUGCAGAUCUUCAAGUGAUUGUUGAAGAUCCUCUAGUCAUUCCGAUCGUUCUCGGAUGUCUUGCUGUAAUUCUCGUAGCUCUGGUCAUCACGGCAUAUUACUUUUACAAGAAGAAGAAUCAGAUCAAAUCAACAAACAUUCUACCGGAGAAGAGGAAGGAUGAAGAGGUUCGUUACGGAGAAGUGACGUUCACCAACUCAAGCGUUCAACAGCCGCGUAAAAAAACGCAGCAGGACUGUGUUUACUCUGAGGUUCACACACGCUAAUGAGAAACUGCCUCAAAACCCACAGACUGUGAGUCUGAAUGUGUCAUGAAAACACAACGCCCCGGUUUUGAGCUGCUUGAUGCAACACUGAGGUUAUUGUGUAUUUCUUUCCUGUGUGGGAGGAGAAAAGACUAAAGGGAGUGUCUGAUGCAACCAGAACAGAAAUAUAACCGGGCAAACACUGACUGGUGUGAACAAAUAAUGACUUUUGCUAAACAAAUAAUGACUUGUGCUUUAUAUUUAUCUUUGUCAAUCAAUGCAAUUAAAGGAUUAGUUCACUUUCGAA